AACAGAGAAGACAGGAAGAAAUGGUGAUCACUGGAAGAGAAACCCUUAAUUUACAUCAGUCAGUUGGCGGCGCCGGCAACCAUCCAUGGGAGAUGAUACUAGAAGUUCCAAGCGCGAAUGCCUUCUUGCCGUUCUCCGGUAGCUCCAUGAACGACGACGGAUCGGCCAUGUUUGAAGAGUUAACUACGAUGCAGCUCCAUCACCUCCUUUCGAACGUGGAAAUGGCGGAAUACGGUGAUCAUGCUUAUGAGGUUGGGGAGGAGUGCGGCGAUGUACAAAUGGACGAUCAGUUUUGUAUGUAUGAGUUCAAGGUGAAGAGGUGUGCACGUGGGAGGUCACAUGACUGGACUGACUGUCCGUACACUCAUCCCGGCGAGAAGGCUCGCCGCCGUGAUCCACGUAAGUUUCAUUAUUCCGGUAAUCCUUGUUCGGAGUUUCGCAAGGGAUCGUGUGUGAAAGGCGACUUAUGUGAGUUCGCACACGGUGUGUUUGAGUGCUGGCUCCAUCCGUCGCGCUACCGUACUCAGCCGUGUAAGGAUGGCGUCCAGUGCCGCCGGAGAAUCUGCUUCUUCGCGCACACUCCUGAACAGCUUCGCAUCUUGCCGCCGAGUCACCAUGUGUCGACUCACUCGAAUCGUCACGAUUCGUACGACGGUUCUCCGCGUCGACUGGUAACAGACUCUCACUUCGGCUCGUCUCCAACUUCUACUUUGUACUUCCCCCAUUGCUCAACCCCGACGGAUUCGCCGCCGAUGUCGCCUGUAUCGUCUCUUGGUCCUAACCCAUUCGCUGAUCUGGCUUCCUCGAUGCGGAAUCUGCAAAUUGGGAAGGCCAGGAGGUUGGGGAUGAGUCUAAUGAAUGGAUCGCCGUAUAGUUCACCGCACAUUCCAUACGCCGUCCGACCGACUCCAUCACGUCCGUCAUUGAAAGCGUUGGAGGUAUGGGAAGAGGGUGGUGCGACGGAGGAGCGGAUGAUGGAAAGGGUGGAGUCCGGUAAAGGGGUUAGAGCUCAGAUUUACGCUAAACUCAGCAGGGAGAACUCGCUCAGUGAGUCGUGUGGUGUGUGAACUCGGCACGUCAAUUUGACCUUUAAUUAAUGUAUAUAUAUUUACUAUUUAGGAUUUUGGAUGAGGAUAAUGAAAGUGGAAUAUUAAAAAAAUAUUAAAUGGCUGUA